CAUAUACUGCUUGUGAGCAUACUGUGAAGUGUUUUAUUAGUGAAGUGAAAAAUAAAAGAAAAAUAAACAAAAAUGUCUGGUCGUGGUAAAGGUGGCAAAGUUAAGGGAAAGGCAAAGUCUCGUUCUAACCGUGCUGGUCUUCAAUUUCCCGUCGGUCGUAUUCAUCGCUUGUUGCGCAAAGGCAACUAUGCUGAACGUGUUGGUGCCGGCGCUCCAGUUUAUUUAGCUGCUGUUAUGGAAUAUUUGGCGGCUGAAGUACUUGAAUUGGCUGGUAAUGCUGCUCGUGAUAACAAAAAGACCAGAAUCAUUCCACGUCAUUUACAAUUGGCCAUCCGCAAUGAUGAGGAAUUGAAUAAACUGCUGUCUGGUGUGACCAUUGCUCAAGGUGGUGUUUUGCCUAACAUUCAAGCUGUACUUUUGCCCAAGAAAACCGAAAAGAAAGCUUAAAGUGUACAUUGCAGUCAAUUUAAACAUUUCAUCCACGCAACAAAACCGUCCUUUUCAGGACGACAAAA